AACGCGAGAAGACUGUUUAUUCGCGUUGGUUUAGGCGAGAUUAGACAGGCGCGGAGCGCCAUAUUUUAAAAUUCUGGGUUUCGGAUUUAUAUUUAUUUAAUAAUCGUUGUGGUAUAACUUUUUAAAAGUAUAUUUCAUGAGUUAGUUUGGAAAAAGAGAGACGAAAUAAAAAACAGGAUUUAUGAACAAGUAUGUGCCGUAACAGAGAGGAGAGAAGAAUUCCUUACAUAAACAUACCUUGAGAUGUGGGAAUUUUAAGAAAUCUUUUAUUUCAGAGAAGGUACUUCAGAAUGUAAGAGUUUCGGUUUGGGAACCUACCUUGCAAAUAAAGGAAAUGAUUUGGCAGUUGAAAUUCCAAUGCAACAGAAUACCCAGGAAUUAAUGAAAACGUUUCCAUUAACAGUAUUUUGGUAAUGAAUUCUGGGCAAGUCUACGUGAAAGGUACAUUAGAAGUAGCAUGGCAACACAUAAUGUUGUGUUCCUAAUUGACUGUGCAAGGCAACAUGUGGUUCCACAUGAGGAGGUCCCUGUUAAGAAUUUAAUCAAAAUCAGCUGUUUGAAAAUACUGAACUACCUGGGAUUUACAUAUGGAGCUGAUAAAGUCAGGUGGGGAUUCAGUUUUUUUGAUUCCGUGAGUGGAAAAAGAAAACACUGCAAAGUUCAUGACUUCAGAGAACUCAAAGAAAAAAACUUGGAAGAGUUUGAGAAUGAGCUUGAUUCCCGACAUCAGAAGAAUGUACAGAAUGAAGAUUUAUGUUUGACACGAAGAAGUGGUAUUUCCAUAGCUCAGGCUGCUGCAGUUCAGAAUGGUUUGAAGGAGACGCUAUUAGAUUAUCAGUGGGACCGUCCUGAUAUUACAUCGCCAGCUAAACCAGCUUUAAGAAACAAAUCCCGAUUGUCAUUGCAUGAAGAAACCCAGCAGGAUGAACCAUUGGUUGAAGAACUGGCCCUGAAAAAUCAGAACCUAAUAUAUCUCUUCUCCUCUUGCCCUCAUUCUCGGCAUGAGCUUGUGAGAUUUGUUUAUGGAGAUGAUGCGAGUUCUACUGGUGGUGGUCUUCCUACUUCUGUACAAUUAUCUGAGCAGCUGUUGCCAAAAAGGGUUCAGAAUCUGAUUUUAAAUCACAGAAUAAUAAUGCAUUGGGUGGACACAACAGACUGCUCAAAGCUUUUGGAAUCGGAAGACCAUGUGGGGUAUAUGGUAGUUUCAGAAGUGAUGAGUCUUGUUGGAGGAAGUGUAGUACCAUUUGAUGCACUGAUACGCUGUUCUUACAAAACUAAAGAAGGCGAGCUUCUCGAUCUACAUCGUGGCAAAUCAGGAUCCUCUACUGUAAGACCAUAUAUUCCUGCCUUCCCUUUUGAGUCUGGUUUUAUAUGUUUGAGCAGCAAUCCUCUUUAUCAAGCCGCAUUUCCCCAGCAAACAGGAGUACUGUCUGUCAUGCAUGGUGCUGAUGAACAGCAGUGGAAUUGCCCAGUUACAUUGCAGCCAUUCUCCAGCAGUCAGGAGCAGAUAGUUAGCCCAUUAGCUAUAACUGUGAAAGGAACUCUUAACGACUGGAACAGCUUGAAACAUAACUCCCUAAGGACUGAUGGAUGGUUACUGCAUCAGCAGAAUGAACAAGAAAGCUCUGUUUUGAAACAACUUUUUAAGGAGCUCAUCCAGCAAGGCUUGCACAUGGUUGUUGAUGUAUCAUGUGAAGGACUGACAUUGUGCACUGGAGUUGUCACACCACUUUCUCCCAGUUUAGGAUUUUUGGUAUUAAUCGACUCACAGCUGCCUGAGAAUCUGGAAGAGCUUGUUUCAGGAAGCACAGAAGAUGCAAGUUCGGAGCUGCCUGAAGUUGUCAGUAGUGUGCUAAAUCACAUUUAUAACUUGAUGGAGGAAGAUGAGGAACUUUAUGAUUUCGGGGAUGUCAAUGAGGAGACCUCUAUCCCUGAGUGGGUACAGCAAGAAUUUCGUCAAUCUGAUGUUCAGGGUGCAUCUUUGGUCGAAAGCUGGUUUCUUAUGUCAGAUGCAUGUGGAGCAAGCUCAAAUUUAAUGGAGUCAUUUAGAUUGAUCCAUGCUGCUCAGGAAGAAGACCUCACCAGCUCUGAGUUGGCCUUCUCCAAUUCUUUGUCUGAAUAUUAUCUGACAAAAUCCAUUGAGGAAUCCGGAGUUGUUGGUGAUCAUGAGGAUGAUAAGCGUCGCUUGCCCCGAACACCAGUGAGACAGAAAAUGAAGACAAUGUGCAGAUCUCUACAGAUGUUGAAUGUGGCACGGCUUAAUGUAAAGGCUCAGAAAAAUCAACCUGAUGCAGCACAGGCACCUCCAGUCAACAUACAAGGUCAGUGUAAGGACCUGAAGAGAAGGUGUGGUGAUAAAGCAGAAAGAAAAGGAAAAGCUCGAAAGCAGUCCAGAGACUUCAUAACUGAGAAUGACUUGGUAUGCCAUUUGUGUGAGGAAUAUUCCAAAAUAACAACUGAGGGAGAAGUAUUGCCUUCUGAAUUUGUUAAGAAUGUAGCUGAGCUUUUAAAGUCAAACUGGAAGUUAAUGGCAAAUGAAGAAUUUGAGGUAAAGUGCUGUAACCUGAUUGAGAAGCACUUGUUAAAGACUUGCAAAGAAAUCAGGCAGUAUUUUGGAAGUGGCCAGAAUAAAGAAAGAAAACUGAUUGAAUGUCAACUUCAGGUGCUGCUUCGUUUGGAGAUGUGUGUGUUGUGUCCAACAUUAAAGGAGAACGCUGAAUGGAAAGAGCAACUAGCGGAAGAGAUGACAGACCUACUCCGUAUGGUAUCCCUAAUAAAGGACCCUGCUUGCCUUACAAAAUUUCUUGAAGAAGAUAUCUUAACAGUGUAUGUUGGAUCCAUUCCCAGAAUUCUCGGAGAACUCUAUUACAGUUUGGGUACACACAUUCCUGGAAAGCUUGCUUCUGCCUUACCUGUGGAUUUCUUCAGUGAUGAAUCCAUGAAUCAAGAAAAUGAUUCUCCAUUUGACUGUCCACCACCACUUUCCAAAGCUCCCUCCUGUGCAAGUGCUACAGCUGAUGAAUUAGAAGAACUUAGAACUAGAUCUGCCAAGAAAAAGAGGAAGAACACUUUGGCUAGACACAGGAGCAUAACAGAAUCUUCGCAGAAUUUACGACAAAUUGAUGUGCCCCGAAGAUCUUUAAGAAGGGAAAGUUCCCAGUCCCAGUUCACUGUUGGUGUUGAAACACUGCCCCCACCUCUACCUGCUAAGGAAAAUGAACAAGAAGUGACAAAGGUACGAAGAAACCUUUUUAAUCCAGAACUGGUGUCUGCAUCAAAAAGGUCCAAGCUACCAAGAAGCAAAUCUGUUUCUGCUGUAGAAGGAAUGAAACGCAAACGGAGCAAGUCAAAUGAAGGUGUGAAAGAUCACCGCAAGCUGUUGACAAAGAAAGUAGCUGAGACACCGCUGCAUAAACAGACGUCUAACAGAUUGCUUCACAAACAGAUAAAGGGAAGGUAUUCUGAUUCUGCUGCUUUAGCCCGUGACAUUAAUAUUGUAGAAGAAUCACCAGAGAAGCCCUUAAAAAACUGUUUGAGGAAAAGCCCCCGUAUCAAGAAGAUGCUACUUGAUCGAAGGCAUUCAGGUUCUUUCUAUUCAUUGUCUCAACCAAAAUCCCGCAGUCUCGAGAGAGUACUUUCAGCUUCACAACUGCAGACACUGAGUACAGAAAAAAACUGUACAGUGUCACUGACUUGUGAAAGAAGCAUCCAGUCCCCUAAAAGACUGCUUUUUGGAGCAAUGUCUGAAUCACAAGAUUCUGAGAAAUCUGCUUCUCAGGAAAGGAGACAUUCCCUUAGGUAUAACUCAGGCUCUAAUAGAAAUAAAGUUUGUCAGGCCUCAAGAAAGACUCCCAGAAAAAAAUCGCAAAUGUUUCUUAAUCCUGAAGAUCAAAAAUCACCAAAGAAAAUGCUAAAUAUCCCACGCAAAGUUCAGGAAAAGUUUGAAAAGCCCCCAUUAAGAGACUUACUCACACAAGAAACGGUAAUCUGCACACCAGAGAAAACAUGCCCAGUCUUGUCCCCCCUCAGGAGGAGUGAGCGGCUUAUUCUGAGAACCCCAGUGAAAGGUUGUUCACCAAUGGAGAAGUUGUCUCCCAUCUCGGCUAAACCCAUGCCACAGCAAGCAUUACCUUUUCCAGGAAAAGAGUUAUCAUUCAAGUCUCCUGUAAUGACUAGAAAAUUUGCAACACCCCAGAAGCCUUUUUUGUUCUCAUCUGUGAAUAACUUUUCACAAGUUGCUGAAGAACAUGGUGAAGGUAUUUCAUUUGCUACAUCCACUGAAUGCCUGCCAUUCAUAUCACCUUCAAGGAGAAGUAAACGUUUAGCAUUAGCAUCACCUCUAAAGGCCUCACCAGGAGAGAAUACAGCCCCAGAGAUCAAAGAUGAGUACUUUGGAACUGGCAUGUUGCUACAUACACCAAAGAAAGAACCAUUGCCAUUGCAUUGUGGUAGGAGUGACUCUCUUGCAAUGUCUACACCUCAGAAGAGCUCUCCUUCUAUGAGGAAAUUUACAUCUCUUUCAGAUGAUGCAUCAAAUUCACCACCCUUGCAGACUCUGUCUAAAAAUCAUCUUGAAAGUCAUAGUCCUAAAACUCCAACAGAGAUUCCUUUAGCGGCUGCGUAUAUACCUGCAAAAGCUAGAACCAAAAUCCCUGUUAAACCUCAUGUAUAUGAAGAACCCUUUUCUGUACGGAGUACACCAACUAGAAUCUGCAAGUUUCAGAAAUAUGUCAGUCCCUCUGAUUCUAGAAGGAAGACCCCGCAUGACAGUUAUGUUUUACAGAGGCCAGAAACUACAUUUGUGAGCCCUUCAAAGAAAAAUGGAUCUUGCUCUUCACCAUCAAAGACAUCGAAUAAAUCCACUGUGGUAUCUCCAAAAACUGCUUUCUCUCCUCAAAGAACUCCAGAAGGAGCAGAGUUUUCAUUCAGCAAUGUUGACACGUAUACUGACAAAAGCUGUGAAAAAUAUUCUUCAGAAUCGCAGAUGCCAUCACAGUGCUCAAGAAUUGAGAAUGAGCAGUUUGCUUCUACCAAUGUUUCUGAAACCAUUAAAUUGAUGCUUGACAAGAAUGAGAGCGUAAUGUCUAAAUCUCCAGGAAAACUGGUGCUGUUAAAGUCAUUUAAUGAAUCUUUGCAAACGGACGCAGAAGGAAGGGAAACAAAUUCUUCAUUGAUUACUAGGAAAGAAAGUUGUGUUGAAACUCAGGAAUUUUCCCAAGAAAAUAUUUCCACUUUUAAAGGAAUAUCUUCUGAGUGUAUAUCACACGGUAGUAGUCAGAAAAAUUUCAAAAGUGAGAGUUUAUCUAAGAUAGAAAGUUCACUUGCCUCACAGCACAUUUCUCCUUUGACAGAAAGUGCAAACAUUUGUCAAAGUUCUUUACAGAUUUCUUUAAUUUUAGAAAGGAUAAAUCAGGCUUUAAACAGCUCAGCCACUAACGAGUCCCUUUCUUCUAGCAGCUCCAGUACAGAAGAAGAAAAUGCUGGCAUAUCUCAAGUUUUAUCAGCUGAAGGAACUGGAUUAAAAAUGAAACUUCCCUUCAGCAAUAAGCAGUCUGGUUCAGAUGUCACUGCUCCUGAAUCUUCAACAUCCUCAUCUUGUGUAGAUCCUAAAGAAUCAAACUCUCCUUUGUCAUAUUAUAAGUUCAGAUCAACUCCAAGUAGGAAAAAACGCGUGGCUACUGUCUGCACAGGCACACCUGAAAGUCAUCUAACAAUAUCCACUUCCAAAUUUUCACAUACUCCACAAAACAAAGUAGGAGCAAUCAUGCCCACUAUACCAACUUAUGAAGUUGAACUAGAGAUGCAGGCUUCUGGAUUGCCGAAACUUAAAUUUAAAAAAAAAUAUUGUAACAAAGCAUUAGACUUUGGUGCAACACAUUUAACAAAAAGUAAGCAAUCUGAUGUGCAGCUGAACAAGAAAGAAAAUGAAAAUGUGUUUGGUGAAAGUAAUGCAGGUUGGUGCUCAAGGCAUGCUGCUAAAGAAAGUGGACAGAAAUCACCUUGUUUUCAUUCAGCUCAAAGCACUCCUGCAAGAGGUACACCUGGUAAGGGAGCUAUGCAAACAUACAUAUGCCAGUCUUACACCCCAACAAGAUGUGCAUCUUCUCCAUCGCAGGUGGAUGUGAACAUUCCUUGGACGCCUUCACCACAACACAAAAGCAAGGUGACACCAGACACCAUCAAAAAUUGGCCAAGAAAGAAAAAAGCUACAGAUUCGGGUGGAGGACAUGGGAAAAAUGACAACAAAGACUGCCUUGGUGGAAUAUUAAGUGAAGAAGGAGCCAGACAUACUGAUAGCUGCAGCAGGAAGAUGGCACUUGCUGACACAGAACUGGAAGGGAUAUACAGACUAGAAGAUCAGUCUCCAGUGUAUGAGUAUGAAACAAAAACUGAAAGCUCUUCAAGUUACUGUUGUGGACUGAUGAGAACAGGGAGGCAAGAAUGUAGUACAUGUCACACCACUAUAGAAAACUCUGAAGCAAAGGAUAAAAACCUACAUCUUGGUAGUUCAGAUGUAGAUUUUGCUUCAGGUGUCUUAACUAAACCUAGUGUACUCCAUAAAAUGAAACCUCUGUCUCCUUAUUGCAGUGCACCUGCAUCUCUGAGCAAGCCUGCACCAAGUAAGUUUUCAUCAAGAGAUGAUGAAAAGGAUGCAUUUGUAACAGGAAAUAAAUGUACACCAGAUGGGUCAUCUUCAGCAGUUGUUGACAUGCCAGGUGUUACCCCAUCCAGCCGAAAAGUAAACGCAUCUCUGUCAGCCAGCAGUCUUCUAGCACUUACCCAGUCUCCACUUCUUUUCAAGAGAAAGACGUCAUCUAGAAAUAAAGAAUUUUCAGAAGAUACUGAUGAUCCUGAAGUGGUGCAACUCAAGUGGACAGAAUUGUCAGAAACAGAGCAAAAACAGUCUCCGUUUAGGGUCUACCCACUACGGCGCACUGUCAGCAGGACAUACUCAAGAAAAAAGCUGCUUGAUGAAAAAUAUCACUGCUGAAGGGAUAGCAUCAUAAUCUGUACUGGUCAACAACAUACAUUUUAGGCAUGUCUUUUAUGAAAUGGAUGAAGCUACUUAAAUGGAUUUUUUUAUUUCAUCAGAUAAUUCCAAAAUAUUUUUAACCAUUAAACUAAAAUUGUUUAUUUAAGAAAUGCACAGUCUUCAGGUAAAAUAUAGGACUGAAGCUUAUCUUGUAACAUAAUUAUAAUAAUUUUACUGUUGUAGUUCAUGUCUUGUAAAUUUUAAGUGUUGCAAUGUACAGUCAAACAGUUUUGAAAUACUUUCCAUAGUCUGGAUUUUAUUUCAAUUGUUUUGGGAUACAUGUAUGUAAUUAAGCGCACAGUGAUAGUUUAGUAUGUGAUGUAUAAAUGAAUUCAAGAAUAAUGAAAUGUACAUAUUAAGGUGUCACGUUAUCCCAAACCAAAUUGUAUAGAAUUUUGUACAGUUAUAUAGCCAAAUAAACUCUUAUUAUUUUA